AUGGAAGACAUUGAUAUUGAAGGAUCUACAUUUGAUAUAGAGGAAAGCAACGAUGAUCUAUGCAAUUCAAUCAUCUCUCGCUUCGGCAAUUCUUCCGAAGAAAGCCACCAGCACCUCUGCGCCGUCAUUGGCGCCAUGUCGCAGGAACUCAAAGACAACAACAAACCCUGCACUCCGUUAGCCUACUUCUGCGCCGCACGUCUCUCCCUCGACAAAUUCACGUCGGAAUCCACUCCCUCCAGCCACGUCAUCGAUGCCCUUCUCACCGUUCUCUCUCUCGCCGUCCCCAGAGUCUCCCGCGCGUUGUUGAAGAAGGAUGGUCUGCAGGGAGAGCCACUGCCGGAGCUUCUUCUGCGAGUUCUCCGAUCUCAGUCGGCGUCGGAGAGUGCGAUUGUUUCUGGAUUGAAGUGUCUGUCGCAAUUGUUGAUAGCUAAGGAAAGCGUCGACUGGUCUGACGUUUCUCCUUUAUUCAAUGUCGUGUUAGGAUUCCUUACGGAUUCACGACCUAAGGUCAGGAAGCAAUCACAUUUGUGUCAUCGUGAUGUCUUGUUAAGCUUUCAAAAUUCUUCGCUAGUGGCAUCUGCGAGCGAGGCGGUCACAGCCCUACUUGAAAGGUUUAUAUUGCUUGUUGGUGGAGCAAAUGCAAAUACUGGUGAAGGAACUAAGGAGGCUCAGCAGAUUCUAUAUAUUCUUGAUGCCUUGAAAGAAUGUCUUCCUUAUUUGUCACGGAAAUCUAAGACCAGCAUUCUUAAUUACUUCAAAUAUCUCUUGGAUCUGCAUCAACCCCUUGUCACAAGGCGCAUCACAGAUGCUUUGAGUUUUCUCUGUCAUUUUCCAACUUCGGAAGUUUCCCCUGAAGCACUACUAGAGUUGUUAAACUCAUUGGCCCGUUCUAUUGAAUCAAAGAAGAUGUCCGGAGACAGAUUAACAUUUACUGCCCGCUUGCUUUAUGCUGGAAUGAAUAAAGUUUAUUCCCUUAACCGGCAAAUAUGUGUUGUUAAGCUUCCCAUUGUCUUUAAUGCUCUUAAAGAUAUCUUGGCAUCUGAACAUGAAGAGGCUAUAUAUGCAGCCACUGAUGCACUCAAGAACAUGAUAAAUUCUUGUGUUGAUGAAAGUUUGAUUAAACAGGGAGUGGACCAGAUCAGUUUGAGUGAAAACAAAGAAUCAAGGAAAUCAGCACCAACCAUCAUUGAAAAAAUUUGUGCAACCAUCGAGAGCUUGCUUGAUUAUCACUACACUUCUGUCUGGGAUAGAAUGUUUCAAGUUGUUUCAGCUAUGUUUCAUAAACUAGGAAAUUAUUCUCCUUAUUUUAUGAGAGGGAUACUCAAGAACAUGGAAGAUAUGCAGAAGCUUCCGGAUGAAGAUUUUCCAUUUAGGAAGCAGCUGCAUGAAUGCUUUGGAUCAGCUCUAAUAGCAAUGGGACCUGAAACUCUGUUGUCUCUUGUACCUCUGAAUUUGGAAGCUGAAGAUUUAUCCGAUGCAAAUGUCUGGCUCCUUCCAAUUCUUAAACAUUAUAUUGUUGGUGCAUCUUUAAAUUAUUUUACUGAACAAAUUCUGGCUAUGAUUAGCCGUGUAAGGGAGAAAGCUCGAAAGCUUGAGAAGCAAGGAUUGAUGGUGUCGUCAAGAAAUGCAGAUGCACUUGCAUACUCUUUGUGGUCUUUGCUGCCUUCAUUUUGCAAUUACCCUUCAGACACUGCUAAAAGUUUCUUGAAUCUGGAGAAACAUUUACGUAAUAAGCUGAUGGAAGAACUUGAUAUUCGUGGAAUAAUAUGCACUAGUUUGCGACUUCUAAUUCAGCAAAACAAUAUUGUGGAUUUAGAAGACAAGGGUUAUAUCGAUGAAGAUAUAGCCAAAGAACAAGUUCAUUAUUCACCACAGGUUGCAAGAGACAAUUUAUAUGUGCUGAAAUCAUCUGCAAAGAACUGGUUAAAAGAUCUAUCAGAAGUAUUCCUUAAAUCUAUGAAAGAUGACGGUGGUUGUUUGCAGUGUACAAUUGGUGAUGUAGCUUCUAUAGCAGAUAAAGCAGACGUACGGAAUUUAUUCAAGGAAAAAAUGUUGAAGCUUUAUAAAUGCACUCGAAAGGCCAGCAAAUUAGGAAGUUCCACAAUUUCUCAUUCUAUGCAGAUUGACGACGCAUCAAACAAUUUGUCGCCAUCAAUUUUAAGGGCACAACUUCUUGAUUUGGCAGUUUCACUGUUGCCCGGUUUAGACUCUGAAGAUAUUGCUUUAUUAUUUGAAGCAAUAAAGCCUGCAUUGCAGGAUGUUGAAGGUGUCAUGCAGAAGAAGGCAUAUAAAGUACUUUCAAUCAUUCUUAGGAGGUCAGAUAGUUUUGUUUCAUCAAAAUUUGAGGAGCUACUUGGAACUAUGGUUGACAUUCUUCCAUGUCAUUUUUCUGCCAAACGACAUAGACUUGAUUGCCUUUAUUUCUUAGUGCUUCAUGUGUCAAAGUCAAAGGAUAAUCUGGAGCACUGGCGAGACAUUUUCCUUACUGAAAUUAUACUUGCUCUUAAAGAGCUGGCACAUUUCUGCACUAUCCAUGCACUUUUUGAUAUCCAACUUGAUACCAACUUUGUCUUUCUGAUAAGUCCAAAAUGGCUUUCUGUAUUCGUCCAAACAUACAAUAGCAUCGAAUGUGGUUAUGCAACACACCUUGUAAGUGUUGACGUUCAUGUUGCACAUCUGAUCAACCUUGUCUGCAUCAGUCCAGUGACUGCUGUUACUUGUAGUCUGUCUUGUCCAGCUGCAGAUGGCUGGCCAAGGGAGGCUAACAAGAAAACCAGGAACAGGGCUUAUGAGAUUCUCGUUGAAAUUGCCCAUGCAUUUGGGGAUAAGGAGAGAGGUGGGAACAGAGAAAACUUGAAUAAUUUUUUUCAAAUGGUUGCUGGACACUUUACUGGGGAAACUCCACACAUGAUAAGUGCAGCAGCGAAAGGCUUAGCCCGUUUGGCUUAUGAGUUCUCUGAUCUUGUUUUAACUGCUUUGAAAUUGCUACCAGGCACACUUACUCUCUUGCGGAGUAAUAAUAAAGAGAUAAUCAAGGCCAAUCUUGGUUUUUUAAAGGUAGUAGUUGCCAAAUCACAAGCUGAAGGGUUGCAAACCCACUUGAAAAGCAUGGUGGAAGGUCUGUUGAAGUGGCAAGACAACUCAAAAAAUCAUUUUAAGGCAAAGGUUAAACUUCUUUUGGGAAUGCUUGUCUCUAAGUGUGGACUGGAGGCUGUUAAAGCUGUCAUGCCUGAAGAGCAUAUUAAACUUCUUUCCAACAUACGCAAGAUCAAGGAUCGGAAAGAGAGAAAUCGAAGUGCUAAAUCUGAAGAAACUAGAUCUCAUUUUUCAAAAGCAACAACAUCCAGUUCAGGUCCCCCUAAACCAGAAAGUAGGAUAGUAGUAUGGCAAAGCAUGUGGAAUCAUACAAAGAUUUUUUCAGAUUUUGAUGGGGAUUGUGGCAAUAGCGAAGCAGAACACAUGAUUUCUAGAGGUGGCAAGGCUUCCUUACAUCCCAAAUCAUCAGCAUCUUCAUUUAGGUCCAAUAUCAGACUGAAGAAGAAUUUGGCCGAGCACUUGUCUGACGAAUCUGACGAUGAACCACUUGAUUUACUUGAUCGGCAGAAAACUAGGUCAGCUCUUAAAACGUCAGACCAUCUCAAGAGAAAGUCGAGGUUAGAUGAUGACAUGGAGGUAGAUUCAGAAGGACGGCUGAUUAUCCGCGAGGAAGGGGAAUUGAGGAAGAAAAAACGUGCGGAUGAUGAUUAUGAUUGUAGGAGUGAGCCUGAUAGUCACUUGUCUGGCAAGUCUGGAACUAAAGGGCAGAAGCGGAGAAAAACAUCAGAUUCUGGUUGGGCUUACACAGGGAAGGAAUAUGGGAGUAAAAAGGCAAGUGGGGAUGUGAAGAGAAAGGACAAACUUGAACCGUAUGCAUAUUGGCCACUUGAUCGGAAAAUGAUGAGUCGUCGUCCGCAGCACCGGGCUGCCGCAAGAAAAGGUAUGGCUAGUGUGGUAAAGAUGACCAAAAACCUUGAAGGAAAAAGUGCCUCUGGUGUACUCUCCCUACAGAGUUUGAAGCGAAAAAAGAAUCAAAAGAAAGGCCUGCGUUAG